AUGGCACUGAAAGCGAAGAAGGAAGCUCCCGGCCCUCCCAAAGUGGAAGCCAAAGCAAAGGCAUUGAAGGCCAAGAAGGCAGUGCUAAAAGGCAUCCACAGCCACAAAAAAAAGAAGAUCCGUACAUCACCCACCUUCCAGCGGCCAAAGACUCUGAGAUUCCAGAGGCAGCCCAAAUAUUCUCGGAAGAGGGCCCCCAGGAGAACCAAGCUUGACCACUAUGCCAUCAUCAAGUUCCCCCUGAUCACUGAGUCUGCCAUGAAGAAGAUAGAAGACAACACACUUGUGUUCAUUGUGGAUGUCAAAGCCAAUAAGCACCAGAUCAAACAGGCUGUGAAGAAGCUUUAUGACAUUGAUGUGGCCAAGGUCAACACCCUGAUCAGGCCUGAUGUUGAGAAGAAGGCAUAUGUUCGACUGGCUCCUGAUUAUGAUGCUUUGGAUGUUGCCAACAAAAUUGGGAUCAUCUACACCAAGUCCAACUGGCCAAUUCUAAAUAUAUAA